AUGUCUGCAGUCUUGAACAUGAUCAUCAGCCGCUGCCAAUACAGGGUCAUUGCCAAAGUCUGGAGCCAAAAGACAAACUCGAACACAGGAUGGAAGAGGUUGGAUGGAAAUUGCCAAGCCAAUAUAAUCCUCUCCUUUAGCCAAAUAAAAAUGAAGACGAAGCUCUUUGGGAUGAGCGAGAAUGGAAACAGGAUCCCAAGAUUCCAGAGACUGUUUGCUCGUUCUGCCACCGCCUUUGGCCGACGCUCCAACCGCGUUCCUGCCCGCUCACUAUUUAGUGGUCAAAGAAGCCCAAUGAAGGUUUCCGGCGGGUUCGCGAGUAAGCUGCGGCUGCGCGUCGCUUCGCUGACUCAGGUAUGGACGUCUCGGUUUGAUGUUGACGCGAAGACAGAGAUGCAGUCGACGAAGGCGGGAACCGACAAGGGCCAUGGCCGCCAGGCUGCGGCAGGCACAGACUCCGCCAGUGGAUGCCCGUAUGGGGCUCGCGACUGCCCGCUGAGCCGAUACACCCUCUCUGCCCACCAGCGGGGGAAUCCAGGGGGUCUUCCUCCACUGAAGGGGAGCACCAAGGGGACUCCUAUCAUCCUAACCUUAGAUAAGCAAUCUGUCCAGUGGCCGGGAGCUUGUCCCGAAAUUUUGGGACCAGUUGGUGACAGCGCGCUCAAUUUAACACAUCUCCCUUCUACCCAUUCGAACCUCUCGAAUCUUCCACCUCCCCGACCUACAACGCCUUAA